AUGACACAGACACUUCGGUUCGACGGACGUACUGUCAUCGUUACUGGUGCCGGGGGCGGCCUUGGGCGUGCAUAUGCACUCGCUUUCGCUGCGAGAGGUGCUAACGUUGUUGUUAAUGAUCUUGGUGGCAAUCGAGCUGGUGAUGGAUCUGACACUUUUGCUGCUGAUAAAGUUGUAAAUGAGAUUGUUCGUGCCGGCGGUAAAGCGGUUGCAAACUAUAAUUCUGUAGAUGAUGGUGAAAAAAUCGUUGAAACCGCCGUUAAGGCAUUUGGUCGUGUGGAUGUCGUAAUUAACAAUGCUGGAAUUUUACGUGAUAAAUCAUUUUCAAGAAUGACAGAUCAAGAUUGGGAUUUAAUUCAAACAGUUCACCUUCGUGGUUCAUACAAGGUCACAAAAGCCGCAUGGAGUCUCUUUCAAAAACAAAAAUUUGGAAGAGUUAUCAAUACAGCUUCUGCCGCUGGUAUCUAUGGCAAUUUUGGUCAGGCUAAUUACAGUGCAGCUAAGCUAGCAUUGGUCAGUUUCACUGAAACACUCGCUAAAGAAGGUGCCAAGAACAACAUUAAAGCUAAUGUAAUUGCUCCAAUUGCUGCGUCUCGUAUGACAGAAACUAUAAUGCCUCCAGAUAUUCUUGCUUCUCUCAAACCUGAUUAUGUUGCUCCUCUUGUCCUAUAUUUAUGCCAUGAAUCAACUGAAGAGAGUGGUAGUUUGUUCGAAGUUGGUGCUGGUUUUGUUGCUAAACUUCGGUGGGAGCGUUCUAAAGGCGCCCUAUUUAAAACUGAUGUAUCAUUUUUACCGGGUGCUGUGGUCCCGAAAUGGCCCGAAAUUACGGAUUUUUCUCAACCACAAUAUCCUACUUCUACAACUGAUGCUGAUUUUGUUAGUUUAAUUGAGCAAGCAAACGCUUUACCAUCCAAUCCUAAAGGCGAAGAUCUUCGAUUUGAUGGCAAAGUUGCCGUUGUUACCGGUGCUGGUGGUGGAUUAGGUAGAGCUUAUGCACUUCUAUUCGGACGAUUGGGUGCUUCCGUCGUUGUAAAUGAUUUAGGUGUUACAACUCAUGGAGCAAGAUCAUCUUCCAAUGCUGCUGAUAAAGUUGUUGAAGAAAUACGUCAAUCCGGCGGUAAGGCUGUGGCUAAUUAUGAUUCUGUGGAAGAUGGCGACAAAAUAAUUGAGACUGCCAUAAAGGCUUAUGGGCGCGUUGAUGUUAUUAUUAAUAAUGCGGGUGUCUUAAGAGAUAAAUCCUUUGCUAGAAUGACUGAUGAAGAUUGGGAUUUAGUACAGAGAGUUCAUUUACGUGGUACUUAUAAAGUUACAAAAGCCGCUUGGCCUUACUUUACCAAACAAAAAUACGGUCGUGUAAUAAAUACAUGUUCUUCUGUUGGCCUUUAUGGUAACUUUGGACAGGCUAACUACAGUGCUGCAAAGCUUGGAAUUCUCGGGUUCAGCAAUACACUUGCACUGGAAGGUCGUAAAAACAAUGUUCUUGUAAAUACCAUUGCACCUACCGCCGGAACACGCAUGACUGCUACUAUUUGGCCACCAGAAAUGGUUGAAGCCUUCAAACCGGAUUAUGUGGCACCUCUUGUUGGUUUUCUUGCCCAUGAAUCAUGUCCUUCGACUGGAAAUGUAUUUGAAGUUGGUUGUGGGUGGAUCGCCCAAGUUCGUUGGCAACGUUCCGGUGGCAUUGGUUUUCCUACUUCCAAACCCCUUUUGCCAGAAGACCUUGCUGCAAAAUGGGAUGCCAUCACUAAUUUUUAUGAUGGUCGUGCCACACAUCCUAAGACUACACAAGAAGCUCUCCAACAAUUCUUUGAAAAUUUUGCCAAUGCUCAAUCGUCUGAAAAUUCUGAGCCUACAGAAAAAUCUGCCUCAUCUGGAAAAAUUGAUGUAGAGGCGGCAAAGAAACAAAAAUUUGAUCCAAUCGAAUGUUCAUAUGAGGAACGAGAUGUGAUUCUUUAUGCAUUAGGUGUCGGUGCUACUCGAAAGGAUUUACAGUGGGUUUAUGAAAAUAGCGAGAAUUUUCAUGUCCUACCAACUUAUGGUGUUAUUCCGGCAGUUAAUAGUUUGUCUGCUUUCCCUCUUACGUCAAUAUUGGGCGACUUCAAUUUCAUGAAGCUAUUGCAUGGUGAACAAUAUCUUGAACUCAAGAAACCUAUUCCAACCUCUGGCAAAUUAAUCUCAACGCCACGUGUCGUUGAUAUUCUUGAUAAAGGAAAAGGUGUGUCAAUAACCCUUGGUAUAACUACCAGAGAUGAAAAAGGUGAAAUCGUAUUUGAAAAUGAAUCUACCUUAUUUAUACGUGGAAUUGGCGGCUUUGGUGGUAAGAAAACCGGUGAGGAUCGAGGUGCAGCUACAGCGCCAAAUAAACCACCAAACCGUCCCCCGGAUGCAACGGUACAAGAAAAAACUCUUGAGUCACAAGCUGGCCUAUAUCGCCUAAGUGGUGAUUAUAAUCCAUUGCAUAUCGACCCCAAUAUGUCUGCGAUGGGUGGUUUUGAAGUACCAAUUCUUCAUGGAAUGUGUACUUAUGGUAUAUCUGGCAAGCAUAUAUAUACAAAGUAUUGUAACAACGAUCCUAACAAUUUUAAGAGCAUAAAAGGUCGGCUUGCUUCACCGGUCUUUCCUGGCGAAACGCUUGAAACACAAAUGUGGAAGGAAGGAAAUAAAAUCAUCUUUCAAACACGCGUCGUUGAACGAGACGUCAUUUGUGUCGCAUCUGCAGCGGUUGAACUAAAAAAUUCUGGUGGAAAUAUUCCCUCGAAGUUGUGA